AUGAAGAGACCCUUCGACUACAGCUCGCCCGACACAGACGGCGAGGAGCUCAUCGAUGUUGGCCAGGAGGACGGAUACUGUCCCGUCACUGGGUCCAUGUCCCCUGGGAGCGCCUCGCAGAUUCUGGCUCGCAAGAAGCGCAGAGGGAUCAUUGAGAAGAGGCGCAGAGAUCGGAUCAACCACAGUCUUUCGGAGCUCAGACGUCUUGUUCCCAGUGCUUUCGAGAAGCAGGGUUCCACGAAGCUCGAGAAGGCUGAGAUUCUUCAGAUGACUGUGGAUCACCUCAAAUUGCUCCAUGCCAUGGGGGGAAAGGGGUACUUCGAUGCCCGCUCCCUGGCUGUAGACUACAGGACGCUAGGAUUCCGGGAGUGUGUGGGGGAGGUAGUGCGAUACCUGAGCUCCCUCGAAGGAAGCGAGUCGCAGGAUCCCAUCGGCGCCCGGCUGGUCUCCCACCUGAGCCACUGUGCCAGUGAGCUGGACCCGCUGUUGCAGAGCCCUACCAGCCUACCGUUUGCGCCCUGGCCAUGGGCCGCCUUCCCCCAGCUCUCUGUCCCACCUGCCUCCCCCUCGGGACCCUUCCCUGGGGCCACCCGCAGGGACCUGCCACCCCAUGCAGCCACCCUGCUGGCAGCCUACCCCUCUCCCGCUCUGCGUGCCGCACCCAUUGGCUGCCUGCCGGCAAGCCCACCCACAGCCGUUCUCAGUCCAGCAAUAGCCUCGGUACGAAGGGUGCCUGCCCUUCCCUCCCCCACCCACAGACUGCCGCUGCCCUCCCCGGAAGCCCGGGGGACACCACCCCUCCUGGUGUCUCCAUCCCCCUCUGCUACGACACAAGUGUCAUUCAGGCCCUUUGCUCCGCUGGGUUCCAGCAACGGGCAGCGCGGGGCAACUAGCAACCCUGGCAAGGCCUCUCAGCCCUGGGGCACGGAGAUCGGGGCGUUCUGAUGUUGGACAGGGUGCGCACAUGAGAACACCAGGAA